CUCAGUAUGGCAGUGUAGAGGGGUCAGUGGGGUAGUGUCAGUCAAACUCUGCAAAUGGCACAGGGAGCUGAAACGUGACAUCCCUACAUUUAUGCAGGGGAUGCUGAGGGUUAGGGUCACAAGCCAGUGGGCUCAGGGGAAAGGGACAGGCACUAGUAAAUAACACGAAGGUACAUACACUGAGAGUCUAGGUAAUAAGCAGUGACAUGGAUUAAACUCUCCAAGAACAGGCACCAGAUCAUGGGAAGGGAAUAUCAAGCCACCAUACCCGCACUUCAAAAGCCCCAAACCCUCCUACAGCUGGGGAGGGGGGAAGCUUCAAACUAGUCUCUGGUCCCACAAAAUGCUUCACAGCUGUCUGCCUAGGCUCCCAGUCGCAGCUGUGCCGGUCCUGCCGGCUCUCCCUCUGCCCCCGUGUCCCGGCCCCGCUCCUCCCCUCGCUCUGCUCCCGGCAGCCCCGAGCAGGGCCUGUAUGCGCUGCGGCUGCCCCAGCCCGGCUCCCGGCCCGCCUGGCCCGAGCCCGGGCCGGCUGCUGGGGGCACGAGCAGCGGAGUCGGGGCCGGGGGUGCGCCCCUUUUCGAGGCUCCCCUCGCCUGUGGGGUCUGAGGUUCAGGCGGGGCGACAGUUUCUGGCCUUGUGGAGAACAGCUGGCCUGUGAAGCACCCCUUCUCCCGGCCGAGCCACCUCGAGACAGCACCGGCCCGGAAGCCUGAUAAUGAUCCGAUUGAUGUACAGUUAUACAUUAUGUCCUUUCUCUCACCCCAAGACCUGUGCCACUUGGGAAGUACAAACCAAUAUUGGAGGCUAGCUGUACAAGAUCCAUUGCUAUGGCGAUAUUUUCUCUUGAGGGAUCUCCCAUCUUGGUCUUCUGUUGACUGGAAGUCAAUCCCAGAUGUGGAAAUCUUUAAUAGAGCCUUUUCUGAGAUAAAUGAUAAUACACUCUAUGACUACAUGGCAAUUUCCGUCUAUUUUACACAGAUACAGAAAGAGCUGUCAGCAGAUGAGGAGAAGUCUGAAAUCAAACCGCCCCAAGUAUAGAGCUGUGACUUCCUUUUUGCAGUCACUCGUCACACAGGCAGAGCCUCGCUUUGCCAUGUUUGGACCAGGUUUAGAGGAGUUGGAUGAAUCCUUGGUGGUAAAGAUGAUGACUUGCCCAGAGACGUUGCUAAUAGCAGAUUUGCCUCUAAGACAAAUUCACGGGAUUGGAUCAGGAAUCAGUUUUUAUUUUAAUAACAAUCAGAAAUUCAACAUUCUGACAUUGUAUUCGACAACCAGCGUGGAAAGAAAAAGAGCAAGAAGAGAACAAACAGUUACAGUCAAUAAGAUGUUCUACCAAGAGAGCAGCAUUGAGGGGAAUCAUCAGGCAGUUCAUUAUAAUGUAAUUGCCCAAGUUAAAAAGGUGUGCGAAGUAGUUGAUGGAUUCAUCUAUGUUGCUAAUGCAGAAGCUAAUAAAAUACACGAUCGACAAGAUGAACUUGCCCAUAUUUUGGCAAUGAUUGAUCCAGCUCUUGGGCCCCAAAACAGACCUGUGCUGUUUUUAUCCUGUACCUCUUAUGAUGGCGUUAAAAGAAUUCCAUGUGUUUACAUGGCACACCAACUGCAACUAAACCAGCUAAGGCAGCCAUGGAUGGUGCAGGAUACUGUAGCUGCUAAUUUAAAUGGACUGCUAAAUGGAGUUGAGUGGUUGCUUGAAGAGGUUGAACAUAAAAAUGCACAGUGAUCAAAUUUAUUUUGCCAUACUGUAUAAACUAGAAAGCUUUACUUGUAUUUGCAAAGCACAUGGAGGGAGAAUCUCACCCUGACAUUGCACUAUCUGAUCAGAAAAUUAAAAGGCAGGCCCUGCAUUUUUGCAUAUAUUUUAAAAGUUAGCAUUCUUCUAACACAGAUUUGGAUUAUUGCAACCAUAAGCAAACAUGGCUUGAUGCCAUUAAAAAAAAUAUCAUGGGUUUGCGUUGGGUUAGAUUGGAUUUGGUUUUAAAUUGCACUCUUUGUAGUGCCUUCCUUUCCCAGCACUUUUUAUAAUUUAAAGCAGUGGUACUCACAGUUUUGGUCCUGCAGGUCAGAUGAAUGCUGCAAGGCUGAUCUGCAGGCCAGAUCAGGCUCCAUGCACCGGGAUCAGGCCCUGGGGCUCCGAGCUGCCUUCACUCAGCCAAAGUUUGAUCCUAGCUGGGUGGGGGCAGUGCAGGGCCCUGGGGCCUGAUUCUGGCCAGGUAGAGGUGGUACAGGGCUCUGUGCCAUCCCUGCCUAGUCAGGCUCCAUGCUGUCCCUGCCCAGCCAGGAUUGGGCUCCGGGGGUGUCAUGCUGCCCCUGCCUACCCCACCAUGUACCAAGAUUGGACCCUUUGCUGCCCUGCAUCCCUGAUCUAGUGUGCAAGGCCACAACUUGCAGGGCUCCUCGCAGGAUCCGUGGGGAGUCCUGUAGGCUAGACGGCACAGCCCGAGGGGCUGGAUCUGGCCCACAGGCCGGGGGGGAGCACCAGUGGUUUAAAUCAUUUUGUAGAUAUUU